CACUGUCGUUGUGUCCUUGGGCAAGACACUUAACCCGCGCUGCCUGCCGGUGGUGGUCGGAGGGACCGGUGGCGCCAGUGCUCGGCAGCCUCGCCUCUGUCAGUGCGCCCCAGGGCAGCUGUGGCUACAUUGUAGCUCAUCCCCACCAGUGUGUGAAUGUGUGUGUGAAUGGGUGAAUGACUGAUUGUGUUGUAAAGCACCUUGGGGGGUUCUAGGACUCUAGAAGGCGCUAUAUCAAAUACAGGCCUUUUACCAUUUGUGACUGAUGUAGCUAAAUCAGAGAGGUAAUUUAGAGAAAUGUCAACUUCAAAGUGAGAGCUCAGUCGCAUUUUUCUCUUUUAAAUGUGUUUAAAACUUAUCUUAAUGUGAAUGCAUCCAAAUGUUUACCAGGUUUUGAGACCAGAUGUUUUUUCAUGUUUUAAGGUAUAGAUUACAUUAUAUAGUCAGCAGUAAUCCAUAGUUUUCUCUCAGAGGGCUCCACCUACAGGCAUAAAAACACAUGGCACUGUUAAGCCCCUCCCCCUGCCUUUGUGUGACAGCUGGAAGCAUUGCCUCUCAUUUAUUUAGUCUUUGGACCUUUCUUUACUUUUGUCUGUCGCCGAAUAGAAGCAGGCAGUUUUGUUUGUGGAUGUGAAGGCGGUUGCUUUAUUGUGCUAAAAUGAUAAAUACAAUAAAGAAUAUCUGGUUUUACAAAGAACACCUCAAAAAGAAUAGUUCUGACCGGAUUGAUGAGCUAACAGCUAGUCACAGUCUUUGACUCUUUUAAGAUGGUGAAGGGCUUCUCCAACCGCUCACGAAAGGCCAGAAUGAUGUCCGAGAUGAAGGAGGAGAAGGACCUUCCUCUGUUUGGAGAAUGGCAAACUGAGGAGUACCAGCCGCCUAUAGCCGUGGAUGGGAAGAUCCCACGCAAUGAAUAUGGUAACGUCUACCUUUUUAAAGCCUGCAUGAUUCCAGUGGGCUGUGUUCAUGUCAGGCUGCCUAACCUGCACCGCGUAGCCAGGAAACUGGGCCUGGAUGCCGCACCUGCGGUCACAGGCUUCGACUACCAUGGAGGAUAUUCACACGCUGUGACUGAUGGUUACAUUGUGUGUGAAGAGGAUGAGGAGGUUCUCAGGGCCGCCUGGGUGGAAGAACAAGAGAUUCAGAAGCAGAAAGAGAAAGAGAAAAAGGAAAAGAGAGCCUUUGGCAACUGGACCCUGCUGGUGAAGGGACUCCUGAUCAGAGAAAGACUCAAACAGCGUUACAACAACAAGUCAUCGGGACUGGGGAGCACUUCUCAUGCAGGUGAUGCUGGCGGGUUUUCUUCUGACGAGGAGGUGGAGGCUGAAGGUGAUGCUUCCAAGUCUAAAACGGCAUCUGAGACUCUGGCGAUGUCCUGGCCCCAAAACAGACAAGCAGAGGAGGAGGAUGGGGGCACCAGCAGGCUGGAGAAGAAGAAGCCUACAAGGCGAGAAAAGAAGGGUCAGGAGAAACAUUUAUUCCCGUUUGAGAAAGUGUAACGCCACUGGAAAGACUUGAUCGAACGCUCUGCUGCCAACAAAGCACUCAGCUGUCUGAAUCUCGAAAGGCCUCAGAAGACAAGAGAAUGGAAAGAGAAGAAGAAAGGAGGAGAGCAGCGAUCGUUCCAGCUGUGAUGCUGUUUGGAUUCAGCCUUUUGGGACCAUUGAUGUUAUAGAUUCUUAUUAUCCGACACACUCAAACAACACGUGUUUAAAUCUGCAUCUAUAGUCUUAAAUUCUCACCAGAUUAUUUUUGCUCAAGGAAUUAAAAAAUGUCUGGAGCUGCAUUUGUCACUGUUCACAGCUCUUCUAUCUCAUCACUUCACACUUCACACUGGAUUUCUCAACUUUUUGUAUUCAGGUGAUUGAAACGGUUAAACUUUCCAAAUGAAAAAUAUUUUUGUGAAUAAAUAAAACAAGACUUGUA